UUUUAUUAUUUUAUGUAUUAUGAAAUUUCUUUAAGAAUUUUGUUUAUUAAACACAAAUCAAAUAUCGUGAUGCCAUUGAGAGAUAGAAUUACUUUUAUGGAUAAUUCAAUGUUAAUUCCAGCUACUUUAAAUGGGUUAUAUUUUAUGUGUAACAACUUCUUUUACAUUUUUAUUUAUGAUAUAAAUUGGCAUUAUGAUGUACUUUUGGCCAAAAUUAAAAUCUAAAAUAAAUUUAUUUAUAUAU